CCAAGAUGGCGAUGGCAGACUGUCACAAUUUUUUACAAGAUGGCGGCUGCUGCUGUCACGUGACUGGGCAAAGGAAAUCCUAUCACCUGACCGGCCUUCUCUCUCAUGUGACUGAGGAUAGCUAACAGUGCUGGGUAUGAAGCACUAUGGGCAGGACUGACAAUCUGGGCAAGUUGACAUAAGGGUUCAAAUAAAAUAAAUUGAUCAGUGUAAGUGGGGGAGAUGCCCUCAAACAAGUCUGUGUCUGAUGCCCCCAUCACCCAGUUUAUUAACUGCACCAUCUUGAGAGACCAUGAGCUACAGAGGUGAGUGUGGUGGGUGCUAAUAUGAUAUAUGGACCUUGGUAGUGUAUUGUGAAUGUGAGAGAUGUGUGUAAAGAUUCCAGAAUUACUCUGGGAGUGAUGUCUCAUACACUGCCUGACUUUGUAUUAGUUGCAUUAAGUGCCCUGUACACACAGAUGUGGUAAGGAACAUUAUAAAGAAUAGUUUAUAUUGUUAAAUAUUUAAAAAUGAAGUCAUUUGUUACAGUAAGGAUUCUGUGCACCUGAUUCUGAAUUUCAACCAGUCAGCAACUCCAAAAGAUACACAGGCAUUAUAUUUAGCAGCAUUAAGAUAUGUAAACAAUGUUAGAAUAACUGUUUUUGUACUGUAAUUGUACAAAAAUAAGGUAAAAAGAAAGCCUUAGCCUUCUAUUGUCUUAUAUAGGCUUGGGUGACUGUACUCUAAGGUUGCUAGAUCCAACAUGCUUUUUUUUUCUGGAGAAAAAUGUUUAUGGUUAGAAGUGUUGCUCAGUAGUAGGUAUGUAAAUGUCACAAUAUUGCAAUCUGUAAAAGAAUCAAGGAGGAAUUGUGGGAUCUAAUCAAAGGAGGAAACACUUGAGUUAAUUUGACUUGCUCCUGCACCAUAUAAAUGCUGCAUACUUCAAGGUAUCACUUUUCAUGUGGUGAACAUAGAUAAGUGCUGCAUGUAUCUGUGUAAUAAAGCCAUAAGGGCUUUGUUCAAGCCAUGAUUAUGUGCAUUGCUUUUUCCAUUAGUUAAAGUGGGACACCCCACAUUGGCAAAGGUGGAUCUUCCAUUUCCUGGUGCAGUUAGGGAAUUGUUUAGAGUUUAUGAUUAAAAUGCUCUAUGUUAAGCUCAGUGUGUCUCUAGGAGAUGCUGAUCGGUGCAAUGUGGCUAUUGCUGCGCAUGCACAUUAGCCCCCAAUGCACCCCUAUGUGGAAACGCUAGAUUGGUUGAGAUCAUCUGUAAUGAUUAUCUCUGCCAAGAGAGGAGCAGGAACCGUGUCAAGACCAGUGUGCCGGGGGGACUAAAGGUAACUAAUUUAAACUCUUUAACUAUUUAAGGGUGUCUUAUAAAUCUAAAUAGUUAGGAAAACACUGUUAUUGCUAAUAGUUAUAUUUCUAACAUUAGAGUGUUCCUUAAUAAUUUAAAUUCACUUUGAAUUCCAAACAAUUCUCACUUUGAAUAACCCUGUUAGACUACACAUUAUGUUAAAGUGAGGUGUAUGAGUUUAGUUGCCUGUGUGUUUUUAUGUGAGAAGGACAGGAUUCAUAGCACUUUAUUUUAUCAUUGUAUGUCUAAAUAUUCCCUGGAUCCUAUAGAGAAGAUCUUUGGGUGCGGCAGGGGAAGAUCCUGAACCCUGAAAAACUGUUUUUUGAUGAGAAAGCAUCAGCCGAUGUCCAGAUAGACUGUAAGGGGAGAAUUAUUGCUCCGGGAUUCAUUGAUACCCAGAUCAACGGUAUGAAGCCUCCUUAUAUUGUACAUGCACCGAAAUCAUGAUGAAAUCAUGGAUCUGUACAAGAUCCAACAGGAAAUAGGAUUAUUCAAUUGUUUCACACUUUCCUGUUUAUUUUUCCCUCGGUUUUUAAUCAUAUAGGUGGCUUUGGUGUCGAUUUUUCCCAAGCGACGGAAGAUGUAAUGCAUGGUAUAUCACUAGUUGGCAGAAAGAUACUUUCUCAUGGUGUGACAUCUUUCUGUCCCACCCUGGUGACUUCUCCCCCGUAUGUCUAUCACAAGGUAAGAUGUGAGAGCCAAGCUUGGUAUAGAUAGGGUAUUAUUUAGCUGUUAUUUGCUGGUGGGAAUCGUGGUCAGAGUGGUUUUUAGACAGGGGCUGUUUGGCUUUUCUCCAUAAGCCAUCUCCUUUCACCAUUUUUAUCUCUAUCCUUAUCUCACAUUAGCAGUAAUACUCGUUACUAGAGCAAUAAUGUGGCUGAUUAGAAUGUGCUGAAGCUCUGUUGUAAUUCUUUCAUUAGCAGACACCUGAUAUCAAAAGAUUAAAUCACUAGUAGCCUGCCACCUCAAGGGAUCCCAGGCUGAAGAGCCCCUAAAUCUGCCCCCUAACACCUAUGGCGAUAAAUUGUUUUGACAGCACAAUAAAAACAAAACAAAAAAAAAAGAUUGCCGGCAAAGCAGAAUUUUCAACAUGUGCUCGUUGUUUCAAAAUAAAACAAGAUCGAGGGGGAUCAUGUUACUCCGUAAAUGGCAAAAGCAUAAUUCACAGCAAAUUUUUCAUUGAUGUAAAUAUGAGGAUUUAGAGAAAGAGUAAUGUUGUCAUAAAAUGUAAAAGUCAAUUGAUAGAACUUGAUGUUUAACUUAAAAAUUAGGACGUUAAUAUUCCUUUGUGUUAUCAGGUUAUUCCUCAGAUAUCCGUGAGGGGUGGUGGAGAAGAAGGAGCCGGGGUUCUUGGUAAGUUUUUGGAAAAUGCCGCCUCCUCCACAACUCGUGGUGGAGAUGUUUUGUUUUGGACGCUUGUUGCUCCCAUGGCUAGUAGAAUACAUGUUUAUUCAUUAAGACUGAACACGAUUUAGGAAUUGUAUUUUGGGAAGUUUUUAUCCAUAAAGAUAUCUUAUGUUUUUUUGUUUUUUUUUAAAAGUAAAAUAGUUCAAAUGAGUUUGAUGACUUAGACAGCAGAACUGCAAUUUCCAUAAUCAGAUUCUCCUUGUCCCUCUCUCUGUGUCCACAUUGCGUUUUUAAUCACAGCAAAUCUGUCUUAUUUCAAUAUUUUAGGGUCUAUGAAAAGAGGAUUGUUUAUCUAUUAUUUAGUUGUGGUUUUUUUAUUUUUUAUUCUCUUUCGAUACUGGACAGGUAUCCAUCUGGAGGGGCCAUACAUCAGUCGGGAGAAGAAGGGCGCUCACCCUGAGCAUUACUUGCGCUCAUUCAGUAAUAAAGGAUUUGCAGAGCUCCUGUCUACCUACGGGACAUUAGAGGGGGUGAGCAUUGUGACCCUUGCACCCGAGAUGGAUAGAAGCCCAGAGGUGAUCAGAGAGCUGUUACAGAGAGGGAUAUGUGUGUCACUUGGUAAGUGUAUGACAAUGAUCAGUUAUAGUGCACUAUAUGUAGAUGUAGAAUACGUGGCCAUGUCAUCCCAUCUCACAGGUUCGCCAUCACUAGUUUAAUACAAUAAUGGUUUUCUAUUCCACAGUGAUUGAACUAAAUCAUGAUAUGAUCAAGAAACUGUGUUUUAAUGCUCUUUCUAUGUGGCUAGGUCACUCAGUUGCCAAUUUAUCCCAGGCUGAAGAAGCAGUGUGCAAUGGGGCAUCAUUUAUCACCCACCUCUUCAAUGCCAUGCUACCAGUAAGUUGGUGGGUUUGUUCCUUCUUCACUAUAAUCUGGCUAGACUUAACAUGGACUGUAUUCUUUUUAUUUUUUUUAUUUUUCCAUCCCCCUGGCUCAAACUCUCUCUUGGUAUCUGUUUGCCAAUCUCUAUGGAUCAUUUCUUUAAAGGGACACUAUAGUUACCAAAACGACUUUAGGUUAAUGAAGCAGUUUUAUUAGUGUACAAUUAGCCAUUGUAGUGCUCAAUUAUCUGCCAUUUAGGAGUUAAAUCACUUUUCUGUUUCUGUUUAUGCAGCCCUAACCACACCUCCCUUGGCCAUGACUGACACAGCCUGCAUGAAAUGGUUAAAUUUUCAAUCAGAUGUUAUUUACUUUAAACGUUUUUAUCUCCUCCUUGGUCUAGAAAGGUAUUAACAGAGCAGGAGAUAAAUUCUAAAUUAAACAGGCUGUGCAAUAUAGGAAGUUUAAAAAUUAGAUCUAGGGCUAAGCUGCAUAAACAAAGUGACAUGAUCUAUAUACUAAAACUGCUUCAUUAAGGUUUUGGUGACUUUAGUGCCCCUUUAAGUAACAAAGUUUAACAUGACCUGGAUAUUUUAAUUAAUGCGUACUGACCCCUGUUGGAGUGUUUUAAAAACUUUUAACAAAAGUUAUUUUUAGUACAAAUACAAUACAUUUUUCACAUAGUUGUUUAUUUAUUUUUUAUAACAAUAUGAUUUUUACACAUUUUAUUAAGAUUUCAUGUGCUAUCUUCCCUCUGUUCUCUCCUUUUUUUACACCUCUCUAUUUGCAUGUUACUUGUGAUCUGCAUAUACACACGCCUGAUCUUUCCAAAACUAGUUCUGAGCAGUGAGCAGCCUGCUACGGAGUAUGUUUAAAUCAUUUCAUUUCCGUUACCUGCAGUUUCACCACCGAGAUCCUGGAAUAGUCGGGUUAUUAACAAGUGAUCGUAUUCCAUGUGGGAAGUCUGUGUACUAUGGGAUGAUUGCAGAUGGAAUCCACACUAACCCAGCAGCACUGAGAAUCGCUCAUCGAGCCCAUCCAAAGGGUGAGUUUCUGGUCAAUCAGAAGCUUGGAAAGCCUGAGCAUUUGAAUAACUCUGGUCUCCAGUCUCACUGAAUUGGAGAUGUGCUAAGGGGGUUAUUUAAGAAGCACAGCAUUAUACCCUGAAUACUGCAAUACUAAAUAUUCAUCUCUUAUCAUUCCUAUACUUUGAGCCAUGUCGGAUUAACCGCAAUGUAUGCAUCGUAUGGUUGGCUGGUGUGUCCCUUUCAUUUCUAGCUGCUCUGAUCGGUGUCCAACAUAUUUUCAUUCAGUUGGCUUCCGAGCAGACUCCUCACUGAAGGCAACUCAUCUAAAGCAAACAGAGACUUAAAGGAGCACUCCCAUAACCAUUACGUCAGCUCUCUGAAGUUGUUAUGGGGGCAGGAGUGUCCUGGCAUUGUCUUAUCUUCACGGAUUAAACUAUUUGAAACAGUCUAACCCCAGUCCUCCACUUCGGUACGUAUUAUUUUUCUCAAUGGACGUCCAGUAAUAGGCUGAGAGUUUCAGCUGACACAUAGUCUAUCAUCAGUAGGCUAAACCUUCCUCAUACAUUGGAGGCAAAGAGGAACGAACCUGGGGGGCAGCUUUGUCGGGCACCAGACAACCAACUUAGGGGUUAAACCAUUACAAAAUAGUUUUUGCCUGAAAAGAUAAUGUUUAUAGCAAAAAGCCUGAAGGGACUGAUUAUACUCACCAGAACAAAUACAAUAAACUGUGGUUGUUCUGGUGACUAUAGUGUCCCUUUAAUGACGUGCUUUGCCUUCCAAGGGCAAUCAUUUGUCAUCCCUAAUGCACAUUGACUGUUGUACACUUUGUAUUCAAGGGUUAAAAAGCUGUUAUGGAACAAGGUAACUCAUUUUUUUUCAGGUGAAUGCAGCAACUGAUUUUAGAAGUAUUAGGCUUCUGAAAAUAUCCCAAAAAAUUAACUUUUUAUUUACCGGUAUUAACUAAGUGACUUUAUAAAUUGAAGAUAGUCUUGGCAGACACCUGCAUUACUUUAUAGGGAUGUUUUACGUGACAGUUGUGUACAUACUCUAGGAAAGAUGAGACGGGGGGAUAUGAUAGAAACGUUUAAAUAUAUAAAGGGAAUCAACACAGUAAAGGAGGAGACUAUAUUUAAAAGAAGAAAAACUACCACAACAAGAGGACAUAGUCUUAAAUUAGAGGGACAAAGGUUUAAAAAUAAUAUCAGGAAGUAUUACUUUACUGAGAGGGUAGUGGAUGCAUGGAAUAGCCUUCCAGCUGAAGUGGUAGAGGUUAACACAGUAAAGGAGUUUAAGCAUGCGUGGGAUAGGCAUAAGGCUAUCCUAACUAUAAGAUAAGGCUAGGGACUAAUGAAAGUAUUUAGAAAAUUGGGCAGACUAGAUGGGCCGAAUGGUUCUUAUCUGCCGUCACAUUCUAUGUUUCUAUGUUUCAUCUCUUUGUCCCACCCCCAGGUCUCGUGCUGGUGACAGACGCAAUCACUGCCAUGGGCCUGGGUCCUGGGAAACACACUCUGGGCCAGCAGGAGAUACUCAUUGAUGGACUCAACGCGUAUGUGGCUGGUGAGAGCAGGUUGAGUGGGUUCAUGAAAUAAAGUGGUUUGUUUGGUAAAUACCAUGAUGUGAUGUGUUGACAUUCCUUAAAAAAAUUUGAGACAGAAGAGAAAUUGUUCAAAAUGUCUCCUGUAUUUUCCUAUCAUUUCCGCACGACCCAUUGUUAGCUUACGAGUUGAUCUAAAAUCUCAGUAGUCACUGUUUAAGAUCUUAGCGAGGAGGAAAGUUAAGUGUCUCUAUCUUUCAGGAACGCAAACAUUAGCGGGCAGUAUCGCUACAAUGGAUAUGUGUGUGAGACACUUCCGUGAGGCUACUGGUCAGUAUCUUAUUCUAAUUAAUAUUUCUUGUGUAUAGCAAGUGUGGGAAAAAAGUUUGGAUUGUAUUUUUCGGGCUGUUUUCCUUCCCAUAACAGUGGUGCAUUGACAAGGCUGGCAGUGAUUUACUGCUUCCAACUUAUUUUUGUUUCCGUGUGUUUCAUGUUCACUAAACUGUGAAUUGCAAAUUUUAAAACAAAAUAACCUGGCUGGAAAAUUAGAGAUUUUCUAUACGAAUUGAUUGUUGUUCUGUUUGGUCUAAUGAGGAAGCAUUUGCCUGAAAAGCAGUGGGCGGCUCUAAUUGGCUGAAGGUAUCAGCUGACUUCUAUUAUCCUAUCACAGUGUCCAUUGCUGGUAUGAAUCGGUAUGGCUAAAAGGAAGUGUGUAAUCUUCUUUAUCAUAGCUCCAGUGGGGGUGGGGCUAUGGGAAACCAGGGACUGAAUGGUUCAACACUGAAUGGAUUGACAUUACCAGUGGACACCAGUCACUAUAACCAGUUUAAUGAGAUGAAUUUGUUAUAGUGCUUAUAGUGUCCCUGUAAAUCUUGCCUUCCUUUGCUAGUUAUCUGCAAUGAUGAAGUUAUAAGGUUACUCCAAGCACUUUGACCACUUUAGUUAUUUGAAGUGGUCAUGGUGCCUGGAGUCUGUAUGUGCACAUACAGAGUUCGACCCCUCUGCUGAUGGACGUGUAACCUCCAUUGACAUGGAGUCAUCUGUUUAGGAUAUUUAUGCCAUAGAUAGAAUCUUUGUAAUCAUUUAGGAUAAAGCACAAUACUGUUUGUGGGUUCCAUCUCUUGGUAGGAUGCACGAUAGAGGAAGCAUUGGAAGCAGCAUCCCUUCAUCCGGCGCAAAAUCUUGGUCUUCAGCACCGUAAGGGGACUCUGAAUUUUGGAGCAGACGCAGGUAUUGCAGUGACUUUAAGGACAAUCCAUAAAUAUUUACUUUGAUUAUUGAUUUACUCUUCAUACUUUAUAGGAUUGGCAUCUUUUAGGAUUGAAAUGAUUUAAAGGGUUUUCUUAUUUUAUUUCUUGAAGAGCACAUGGGUUUAAUAAUUAAAUAUGUUAUUCUUUGGGAGAGGGUAAUGUUUGAAAUUUGUGGGCGAUUUGAAGCAAAAUGUAUGGCAAAUUUAUUGUACUCUGAUUUUUUCCAAUAUUUUUCCUGUUCAUACCUUUUAUCAGAUUUUGUGUUCCUCGAUGACAACCUGAAUGUCAAAGCCACUUAUAUUGCGGGGGAGCUGGUAUGGGAGGCUUCGAUUCCUUCCUAAGGUGCUACUAACUGAAGAUCUACCUGGCGACCUGCACCCAACCAUCCUCUGUGCCUUAAUCCUUGGCUGUUUAGAAUAUAGCAACUGGAAAAAUGUUUAGCGCAUGGCUUUACUACAGCACUCGCUCUGUAACCAUUUAUCAGAGUGACCACAACUUUUCAAAGGAUUUAACCCUAGAUCUUAAACAGACGCAGCUAAGACCAUCCUGACGCUAUACACUUCGUGCUGCAGAGUAUUUCCAGCUGCUCCCCUGUUCCAUCUUCAGCAUAGCAUUUCUCACUCUGCGAUGUGUUUCCUGAACACAGUCACACAAUCAUUCCAUUUUUGUAUCGUGAUAAACAUUUCAUUCUAUAAAAUACAUUCUUAACUUACCGAUUCCUGACCCACUGAGCCUAGAAUAACAAUCUCCCUAGGGUGCGACUUUCUCUUUAGAUCCCCUUAAGGGAUGAUUGCAGCUUCUCAUAGGUCCCAUUACCCUUACUGACACAAGUUUGAAGAAUCAUCUAUUUAGAUGUUUCUUUCAAAAUGAUAGAUCCUUUACAGGAAACCAUUGGACGUUGACCUCUCAGCAAACUACAGCUCCCAUAAACCUUUGGCAAAGAUCACAAUCACUACUUUGCAAUGGUUGAUGGGAAUUUUAGUAAAAUGUUCAAACAGAUGGAGACCACGUAUUUAACUGCCCGUGGAUGUCUGUCUACCUGGGAUAAUGGGGUUGAUAGCCCAAGCACCUGCACAUUUUACUAGGGAGAACAUAUUAAUGAUCGUUAACUGUUUCUGGGAUAUGUCUUUAAGGGCCACUGACUUAAGGGUGUACAUAUAUAAUCCAAUACUGAGCAAACCCUUGACUGUUUGGUUUUUGAAGACUGAUUUUGGAGACAUUGAUCUAAUCUGUUGAUAACAUGCAGUUAUCACUACAGCCACUGAGAGGCAGCAUGUGAACAUGCUUUUUUUCCACAAUCUAAUCUCCAUUCUAUGUUGAAGCACUCUUCAUCCAAUUCUGUAACUAUUGCUGAACAAGAGCUCUCGUGAAUUUCCACCAUAGACAGGCAGCUUACCUCUGAUGUGUACUAUGGAAAUCUCCGAAUGAGAGAAUGUUAAUUAGUAAGUCGUGCAUUAAAGAGUUUGGUCUAAUAGGAAAGGCAAUGGAAAAUAUAGUCUAUUGAUCUUUAUUUUCAAGCUUGACAAUCAGUUCCAUAGAAUAGUGAUGACUACACUCCAGCAGCUGUGACCUUUCAAGUGACGCUCUACUAGCAGUUCUCCACCAUGGACGUAGAAUAUCUGCACUUCCUACUUUCCUGAGAUUCGCCUCUGACCGUACAGGAUUAUUCAGCAAAGUGUGAAUUCUCAGGAAUGAAAAAUGAAUUCAAAUUUAGGCAAAAAAAUGGGAAACACGUCCAACAUGGCAAAUCUUUCCACUUUGACUUUUGUGACCAAAAGUAAAAAUGUUAUAUUCCCAACAAUUCACGCUUUACUGAAUAACCCUGAGUGUGUUAACCUUUGCCUCAGGUGUACUCAGCAGUGUGUGUUUCUCACAGUGACCUUGAGAGCCUCCUUUACAUUUGCUGUAUAUAUCCAGAGAAUGGAUGAUGGAUAUCCCACCACGUCUCAUGUACAAGAUACACGCUGCACUUGCAAGAAUUAGUUGCAGUCUGUGGGCGUAGUGUAUGGCAAUCCGUGAAUCUAAUUUUCACUUCUUUUUUUUUUUUUUAACCCCGUUGAGACCUAUCUUUGCACUCCCUGAGCUCUCUGACUGUUGCCCUGCCUGUGAUUGUGGUCUAUUAUAAUGUAAGCCAGAAAAUCACCAUUUAAAAAGUUGGCGGUUCUUUAACAUCCUGGGUACAAUUUCCUACAACAAGCCAUAAACCAUCAAUCAAGCACUGUGAUAGGACUAUUCUCAUUCUUUUAGUGACAGUUUUGCAAUGAUCUCCGGAGGCACAGUAUUAUACAGCUCAACUUCAGGCACUUGAAUUGGCGAUGCCACAGAAGUGAAAAAUUAAAGGGAUUGUUGAACUGACAAUAAAUACAUGUUUACAGCCAUUGUCUUGUUUCUGUCUCUGACUUAGCACAUUAAGUAGAACAUGGUAAGUGUGUUGCUGUACCCUGGCAUACAUGGGAUUACUGUUUGGGGGCUGUGUUUACUGCGGGUAAUGAAUAGAGACAGUUCUUUUCAAGGUUCUGAGGAG